ACUACCCACUAUCAUUUCUUUAUCACAACCAAGUUGUUUCCUAUGUAGCGAAAUAGCGAUGGCAUUUCUGCUCACACGUCGACCGGAACUCGGCGUAUAAACCGCUCGAUUCCUACAUUUUCGAUAUUGGGGGCCCUACGAAACGAACCGAAUUUCUAUGUGAAUAAACGUUCUUUUGAACAGAUCAUAUCAAAGUUCCACUACUAUCACCAACAUAUCGCGUUAUCACAAACAUGCACGCUGAUAAUGCUGUUAAACACCUCGAUGAGGUUCAUUCGCUCUCAGACUACGAGAUUUCAUCGUGUAUUUUGUUAGUGAAAGUAUCCUCGAUACUUUUUAAUGAACUUGUGCAAUUACAUUUUAUUUAAAUGCCACUGUGAGAAUUUCGGGAUAAAUUUUCCGAUCGAGUUUACAUUAUGUUGGACGUUACAUAUCCCGUCAAAAUUGGACCUGUGGAAGUUAUAAUGAAUAGACACGUUCUGGAAAAGCGCAGAAAACUCCGUCAUAAAUUGGGCGAAGACGAAGCUUGGGGUAGUAAUGGUGCAAAUGCGAUGGUUACUGACGAACACGUUAUUUCCGACAAAGAACCGGUGACAGAAAACAAGUUGUCCAGCUCUAGUCCACCAGUUGGCGACGAUAAAAUAGAUAAAAGCAAAUCAGUAGACGAAGGGGUAACGCCACGUUUAAGACUAAAAACGAAUCUGGCGACUGAUCCAGCCCUUCAACCUGCAACUGUUAUAACUACUAUAAAAACGGAACCUGAUGCAACGUCUCCGGCGCAUACGGCGGAAUACUUCUCGACUUUACCUUCCGCGUUGCAAAACGUUUUGGCAAACAGCAGGUUUUUUUUACCCCCGUCUUUGCACUUGCCCGAAGCUCCUAGUCGUCCAGAAGCCGCCGCGGAGGUUGCACGUCAAAAUAGUGCCCCGAUUUACAUGUGCGCGCCAUGCAGUAUACGAUUCUCCUCAUUGAGUACCUUGGAAGCCCACCAGACCUACUACUGUUCCCACAGGGCGAACAAAAACGCAAGUGAUGCUGAAGACGGAAAGGCGAAUUCGCUCGCGGACGUAAGCGGAAACCACUCCGAUCAAGAUGUUUCGGAAACUUCUUCUAAAGCAAUACGCACUGGAAAGCAGUAUACGUGUACUCACUGUUCGUAUAGUGCCGACAAGAAAGUGAGUUUAAACCGGCAUAUGCGAAUGCAUACAGUAUCCCCAUGCACAAUAACUGCGACGACCACAUUGGCAAAUGGUGAAGGGACAACGCACGAAACCCAAGACAGGUACUGCGCCGAUUGUGACAUACGUUUCAGUUCGCAAAAAACGUUCAGAGCUCACAAGUUGCACUACUGCAGCUCUAGGCAUAUGUCAAAAUCGUCCGUGUCGGUGAAUGCACCCGCGAUCAGUUCAAAAACAACAUCCAGCUGUACGUCUGGUUCCACCUCAACGUCACCAGUAGACACGGUACCAUGCAAAACGCCCCCUUCACCGUCGGCAUCCUCGACGCAACAGCCGUUUCUCGCAUUACCGACAAAUCCAAUACUUAUCGUGCCAUAUUCUGUAUUCCGCGGAGCGAGCUUCCUUCCAGGACUGUUACCAAACGUCACCGGUCUUCCGGCUCCCGACGCACCUUGCUUUCUACUCCCUAACGGAACCCUACAGCCGAUGUCCCAGGCAGUAACGCCGAGCGCGCCACCGCCAUUACCGGAAGUGUUAAAGUCGGCGAAUAAGGCGAAAGAACCCACAACCGUGAAGGACUCGACGGGUCCCUUAGACUUAAGCAUGCGAAAAACGCCCGAAUUAAAAGAACCCGCGGACUACGAAAAGGAAAACAUCAAACAAAGAUCUCCAACGCCCGAACUGAUAGUCUGCGCGCCCGCUCUCCACGGAUCGCCCCCUGUAACUCCGCCGUCCGUCCGUGCAGCAUCGCCCAUACAGGUACCAUCCCCGAAGCGAAAACACGACUAUGAUUCGUCCAGAAGCAACAGCCCUCGACUGUCCAAACCCGUGACCAAAGCCAUGCCCGAUCAAGCUAGGAGUCCAGACAACGCGAAAAACACCCCCUUUGGAAUACCGACGAACUUACACCCGCUGUUACUGCGCGCGGGUUCGAUGUCUUUGUUCCCGCCCGAGCUGCAAAUACGACUGGCCGCGGGCGAAUUACCAACCAUUCCGGCAACUACCCCCCAGGUUCUGGUGAAGCAGGGCGUUUCCAAAUGUAAAGAGUGCAAUAUUGUCUUCUGCAAGCACGAGAACUACGUCGUGCACAAAAAACAUUACUGUUCCGCCCGACUGCAGGACGAAGAGAUAUCAAAGAGUUCCGUUAGUCCGCCGGUUAGUCCUGGAAGCGCGGGCGCUACUAGUCCCGCGGGGCAAUAUCAGCAGCUAAUCUGUUUGGCGUGCGGGAUCAAGUUUACCUCGUUAGAUAACUUAAACGCGCACCAGUCGUACUACUGUCUUAAGCGCGGCGACGUUGAGGUGCGACGGUGCGGAAAGUGUCGCGGUAUCGCGGAACCCGGCCAUCACUGCAACGCAUCGGGAACAUUUGCGGGAUGGAAAUGUCCCUGUUGUGAUGUGGUUAGUGCAACUGCUAGUGCAGCUCAAAGACACAUGGACACACAUACCGGUGUGAAAGCGUAUAGGUGUACAAUUUGUCGUUAUAAAGGGAAUACACUUCGGGGCAUGCGCACGCACAUUCGAAUGCAUUUUGAUAAACGUUCUCCAGAUUUACAGGAAGAAAAGUAUAUCACCUACAUUCUCGAAGAUGACAGCGCUAACGUCAUAGAAACCAGCGUCACGCCGUCUAUCGCAAUACCUCCAAGCGUUGCAGAGGACCGGGCGAUAUCGCCUAGUUCCGAAGGCUGCACGGAACCUCUUCACCAUUGCGCGGAAUGUAAUUACAGCAGUGUAUAUAAAGCAAAUGUGUUGCGCCAUAUUAAAUUAAUUCACAACACGCACGAAGAAGAGCACCUCUCAAACGGUUCAACCGACAAAAAUUCAAAAUCAAUGCCGACACUCGAAGAAGACGACGAAGUGGUCGUGAAGAAGGAGGCGAUUGAGCCCGAAGUUAUAAUCGCUCCUAUAGACGACGCAAUCAAAGAAGAAGUCUUGGAUGUGGAUAUAAAACCAAAACACGACGUUGAACAAGAAGGAUCAAAACAAACGGGGAAGUACUGCAAGUCUUGCGAUAUUUCUUUCAAUUACUACUCAACGUACGUGGCGCAUAAGAAGUUUUACUGUUCAAGUCACGCGGGAGAGAUUAACGUUCCGAACUCCAACAAUAACAAUAAUAACAAUUCGUCGACGAGAUCGAACGAAACUUCAGUUCUUUGAGUGCACGUUUAAUGGAAGCCAAAAGGUCUGAUAAACAAACACUGACCAAUAUGUUGUACUACGGCCAGUUCACGUAUACGCAAAAUAUGACAUAAUUCCACAACCAACAUGUUUCAACCGGAUGAGACAAACACUAUGUGAAUAUUCGUUUCAAACUGCAAUAGUUACAUUAUUAUGGUUUUCGUUUGUAAAGUUUUUUACAUCAUUACCGAUGUCAUGUAUAGAUAGGUAUAGGUAUAUAUACAAUAUGGUUAAUUUUGUAAUACUUUAGUUCUAUUAGAUGUAUAAUUCGUAUAUGCCAAAGCAUUUUACUAUUACAAUAAGUUGCAAUUUAUAUUGGUUUAAAACUCGAAUGUAGCAUUUAAAGCUUGUAUUCAUAUCAUUUUACGAUAAGAACUUCUUUUUCUCACUUGGAUUGUCAACAAUUAAUGUUCAAGUGAAUAAAUGUUAUAGCUGUUUGGUGUUUUAAACACCUCAUAAAACAUAUAAAGUGAUUAAACUUGGAGACAAUAAAUUAUUUAUU